AUGGCGACCGAGUCUCUCUCGUUCAUAGCACAGCCAAGACAUAUCCACGAGCCAUCCAUCGAAUGCGAGUUGGCGACGUUGUGUCUACAAUACCUUACUUUUCCCUGUUUCGACGUCGACGAUCCAGAUGAUCAAGCGCAACGCCGACGAUACGUAUUGGACGGAUCGAUUGCUUUCCAGGAUUAUGCCAUCGCGAAAUGGUUCCACCAUGUCAACGCUUGGGUUGGCCAAGGCGAGAGAUUCCUCGACGAGGCAAAUGACGCGGCAGGACAAUUACAAAGCAUCUUCAAAGCCAUGGAUGAUUUCAUGACACGGUAUGGCGACGUGGACUGGUCCAACGGCCUGGUGGACGACUGUAAGACCAAGUGCAGGGUGUUCGAGCAUCUCGACCUCCACGAUCAUCUAGUGGAGCUCACAAGCCACAUUUACACGUUCCAGCAGAAAGGCUUCGAUGCACAACACAAGAUCAGCAUUGAAGACCUCUCGAAGGCCUUGGAUCGGAAUCGGAAGGCUCUUGAGAUAUUCCCCAAGAGCAAGCCUGGCCCAACUGCACACGAGAAGGAGGCAUACAAAAGAUUCUACGACGAGGAAAGGCGAUUCAAAUGCACGAGGAUCACAUGCAGGUACUUCUCAGAGGGCUUCAAGGAUGAAAAGGCUCGCAACCGACACGUCAACAUUCACGAACGACCGUUCCAGUGUGAAGUUCCAGAUUGCCUGGGCGCUGAAGGGUUCGCCAACGCGAAGGAUCUGGAGAGACACACACGCGCGUUCCAUCCCGAGAUGAGUGACUUAGCCGAGAAGUUCAUCACGGCUACAACGAAACGCGAGGCAUCGACCCACGCCUGCACGAUGUGCGGAAAGACAUUUUCGCGCAACUUUCAUCGCAAGAACCAUGAGCUCAGCCAUCGAGGUGAAAGGCCGCACGAGUGCCCGGAGUGCGGCAAGGCUUUCACAAGGCUGAACGAUCUUAAGCGACACCAGAAGAUACACGAUAGGAAGUAA